GAAUCCAAAAUGGCGGCGCCCUUGGAGCAGUCGUGAUGCAGAAAACAAGUCAUUUAUGUAGAUUUUAAAUGACAAAUGCAUGGUUUUGGACAAGAAUUGUAGAUUAUAUAUUCCUGUGACUAGAACGCGGAAACAAAGGAAUUUGAGAUAAGACGGAUCAUGCAGGCGUCCUUGAGGAGGCUGACUCCUGUUCCUCUGUGUGUGGUCCAGCCUUGUCGAAGCAGGGCUGCUCUGUGGAGCUCGGCACUCCGCUUCCUGUCCCCCAGCAUCCGCUCCCUGUUCAGUGAGACGGGCGUUUGGGAAAAGGACUAUCGAACCGAGACCAGGCGCAAAGUAGAAGAAUGGUGGCGCUCGCGGAUUAUGGAGCAGUGGCGGAAGGAUGCGCUGAACGCACGUUCCGACAGGAAGAAGUUUUAUGUCCUCUCUAUGUUUCCGUACCCUUCGGGACGCCUUCACUUGGGGCAUGUGCGAGUGUACACCAUCAGCGACACCAUUGGUCACUUCCAGAGAAUGAGGGGCCAUCAGGUGCUAAAUCCGAUGGGUUGGGACGCUUUUGGGCUUCCUGCCGAGAACGCAGCCAUAGAGCGAGGUCUCGAUCCCGAAGAGUGGACAAAAAGUAACAUCGAGUCCAUGAGGGAGCAGCUGGAUAGCCUUGGGCUCUGCUUCAACUGGGACAGAGAAAUCACCACUUGUCUCCCAGACUACUACAAGUGGACACAGUAUUUGUUCAUCAAGCUCUUUGAAGCUGGGCUGGCAUAUCAAAAAGAGGCCGUGGUGAACUGGGACCCCGUUGAUCAGACGGUGCUGGCAGAUGAGCAGGUGGAUGAACGUGGUCGAUCCUGGAGGUCUGGCGCUCUGGUGGAGCAGAAGCUACUGACACAGUGGUUCAUCAAGACUACAAACUAUGCUAAGCCUCUCCUGGAUGCUCUGGAAGACCUUCCUGAGUGGUACGGGGUUAAAGCCAUGCAGGCAAACUGGAUUGGAGAGUGCACUGGAUGCUACUUUGAUUUUAAACUCAAGGUCAACGGUAAGGAGACAGGCGAGACCCUGUCAGCGUACAGCUCUGCCCCAGAGAUGGUGUAUGGAGCAGCUUAUCUGGCCAUCCUGCCCUCCCACAGGCUGCUGCAUGGCAGCAGCUCAGUCCGCUCUCUCCUACAACAAGCAUUUCAGCCAGGGCGAGACUGCCUAACAGAGGUCACUGCUCUCAACCUGUUCACCAGACAGGAGGUUCCUGUGGUGAUCUCCCACAAGGAGGCGUUCGAUGACUAUCUGGACGCUGUGAUUGGUAUUCCAGAUGUGAGUGAGGAAGACCUGUCUGUGGCCAGAGCACUUUAUCUGAGUUGGACCACGGUGCUGAAAACCCACAAAGACGGAACACAAACCCUGAUUAACUCUCAGGAGUUCUCAGACUUCACCAGGGAGCGGGCGUUGCAGUCCAUUACCCAGAAGGCCAGAGAGCAGCGAGUCGGGGGCCAUCUUACCAGCUCCAAGCUCCGAGACUGGCUGAUAUCCAGACAGCGUUACUGGGGCACGCCCAUCCCAGUGGUGCACUGCGACUCUUGCGGCGCCGUCGCCGUCCCCGAGGAGGAGUUACCGGUUACUCUGCCGAAGACGCAGUUUCUCACAGGAAAAGGGGCGUCACCUUUGGGAGCUGUUCACGAUUGGGUCAACUGCAAGUGUCCCAGAUGCAAGGGCCCUGCCAGGCGGGAGACCGACACCAUGGACACGUUUGUGGAUUCGGCCUGGUAUUAUUUCAGAUACACAGACCCUCACAACAGGGACAGACCUUUUGAGCGUCAGCUAGCCGAUCACUGGCUGCCAGUGGACGUAUACGUCGGCGGGAAGGAGCAUGCCGUUAUGCACCUGUAUUACGCCCGCUUCCUCUGCCAUUUCUGCAAGGACCAAGGCCUUGUGACUCACAGGGAGCCGUUUUCAAAACUUUUGGUUCAAGGUCUGAUCAAAGGUCAGACAUUUAAGCUGGCAGGCAGCGGGCAGUACUUGAAGAAAGAGGAAAUCGAGUUCACAGGGAAGGGGCCGGUGACUCUGAGUGGUGGCGGAGUCGAGGUGACCUUUGAGAAGAUGAGCAAGUCAAAACACAACGGGCUGGACCCUCAGGAGGUGGUGCAGCAGUACGGUGUGGACACCGUCCGUCUCUACAUCCUUUACGCUGCUCCUCCCGAGCAAGACAUCCUCUGGAACGUCAAGACUGAUGCACUUGCAGGGGUUCUGCGUUGGCAGUCUCGACUUUGGCAGCUUGUGACAAAGCUAAGAGGAGCUCGACAACUCGGUAAUGUCCCGAACCCCUCGCUGCUGAAAAAGAAAGAGCUUGGAGAAGUCAAGAAGAUCUGGGCAAACAAGAACUACGCAGUUCAAGAAGUUACAGCUCACUUCACUAAAGACUUUCUGUUCAACGCAGCCCUCUCUCGUCUAAUGGGCCUUACCAACACGUUGAGUAGUGCAUCAGUUCGAGUCCUACAACACAGUGUGGAGUUUGAGGAAGCUCUGGCUGCCCUUGUUAUAAUGACGGCACCCAUGGCUCCUCACUUGGCCUCUGAGCUUUGGGCAGGUCUUUGCAACGUGACGAGCCCCCAGGGCCCCCUGCUGCUGCGGGGAGGCGAUGUCUUGCAGCAGCCCUGGCCAAACGUGGACCCCAAGUAUCUGGAGGCCCCUGAAUUUGUGGAGCUGUCUGUGCUGAUAAACAACAAGCCCUGUGGCUCUGUGACGAUCCCUCUGCAGGUGUCCAAAGAUCCCAGCCGGGUCCAGCAGCUGGUGAUGGAGAGCCCCAUCGGACAGAAGUGUCUGAGUGAGCGUGACAUCAAGAAAGCCAUCCUCUCUCCCAGGACUCCCCUCAUCAACUUCCUGGUUAAUGAAUGAUGUAUAGGUGUUUACCAGAUUGUGUGCAGCACCUGGCGGGCGGUGCCUUCCUCCUGUACACACAGACAGACAAAUAAUGUUGAUAUUUUGAUAUCAUAUGAGACAGAAGGUAUGUUGGUCUGUUAAAAUCUCAAUGUAAAUUCCAAAUUAUUUAUAUAUUGCAAUUUUUAAUAAAACAUUCAACAAGCACAGUGUGGUAGUCUUUGCAAACCUGACCAGGACAGGUUCAGAAGCCUUCAGUUUUACUCAACCUGUUGAUAAAUUAUGAAUCCCAAGUGUCGAGCUCGGACGUCCUUCACACACUCAUCAAAUGUAUAACCUCUUCUGUGCCACCAUUUCACACCUCGCUGUUUGGACUGCUUCUCAGCCAACUUUAGAUAUCCCUUAUCGGUGCUGAAAAGCUAUUCUCAGCAUCACAGAGUGCACAUCUAGAGACUGACAUUUUUGCACAUCCUCCUUUGCAAAAUAGUUUAAAGACAGUCAGAAGGAUUGGAAGAUGUCUGUGAACAUUAAUUUUCAAGCUUUCCUAGAGGUUCUCAAUUGGGUUUAGGUCUGUUUCCACCAUAGCUCUGGCUGUAUGUUUAGGGACAUUAACCUUCUGGAAGGGGAAUCUCUGCCUCAAUCACAAGUCUUUUUCAGUCUCUACAGGUUUUUCUUGCAGGAUUGUUCUAGAUUUAACUCCAUCCAUCAACUCUGAACAUCUUCCCUGUUCUUUCUAUUACAAAAUAAUAAUGAUCACAAUAGUUUGAUGCUGCCAUCACCACCAUGUUUCAUCAUGGGAAUGCCUUUCUUCUUGCUGCUCUCCUGUAAUGGCCAGGUUUGUGGAGCACACAACCUAAAGCUGUUGUUAGCUGUGAAUCUUUACCAGAUCCUUGGAUUUAUGCUGAGACUAAAUUAAAAACAAGUGGCUUCUGUUUACUGAUU